AUGGCCACAAAGAAAACCUUUCCCAUUUGUGGCGUGACAUAUGUGAGCCAGAUUGAGCACGAGUAUCUCCACCAGAAGAAGCUCUCGGUGUGUGCGAAUUGCUUAGCUCUAGGAUUUCAGAAGCCUCUGAGACGUUGCAACGGCUGUCUGUUGGUUGACUAUUGCUCGAAGGAGUGCCAGAAAGCUCAUUGGCCCAAACACAAGCCCUUUUGCAACCUGGCCCAAGGGAAAGGAGCUCCAGAUGCAUACCUUUCGUCCAAGGAGCAUGAUGAAGUGCUUCGGAUUGUCAUCGAUGCCUACCGCCUUAGGGUGGAAACCGACCAUACCUCGCGGGAUGAGGAUCAUGGUAUAUACUACCCAGGAAAGCCUAUCGAUGGCUUGGUCUGGGCCAAAGGCGACGCCAUUGAUGACUUUCAGCGGUUCCUUGAUCUGAUUGAAGGCACCCAUAUCCUGCCCAAGUGGUGGAGAUUCGAGGAUCGCGUGGAAUGCCUCUUGUUAGCCAUCGACAAAGACAGUCCAGAGUCUAUAUUCAAGCCCAUCAAUCAAGCAGAGCUUCCCACAAGCUAUGGCGGGGAUACAGCCAUUCGUGUCGCACUAGCCGUUAUCGCCGAGGCGGUUGUGGGUUAUGAUGGCAAAGGUCCGGCGAAGGACGAUAUCUGGUUCCGAGAGUUCCAAGAGUUUUUAGAUCUCCAUCCAGAAGAGAGAGCUCGUCUGAUCAAGCCAAGCGUCGACAUGGCGGAGCAAAUUUUGAAAGAACAUGGAGAAGAGUUCGCCGAGAAUCCCAGCGAAAUCCCUAAUUGA